GAGUUUAUCUAGCUAGUUUAUCAAUUUGUCAUAGGCAAUGCAAACAUUUACAUAGAAAAUCAAUGCGUUCGACUCAUCGUUGUAAAAUUCUAAAUUGUCCUUCAGUUCAUGUUUCUGUGAUGACUGGGGAGAGAACAGGGGAGGGGCAGAGGUGACAGGAGAAGGAGGAGUGUGUAAAAAUACAUCCAUGGUGUCAAACAGAUGAUAGACCGCGGUAUGAAGGGUUCCCCCUGAACCUAAGGAGCAACUGCUCUAUUUUUAGUUGUGCUUGGCUAAAUGAAAUGACAACUGGAUACGUUUGACAGCGAGGGAACCGCAUUUCCAGCUGUACUUGUGUGCAGGUCGGGUUGUCAGAGGACUCACUAAACUCAGAUGGGUCAAGCACUGUGGAGGCUGCCUCCCAGACAACAGCAGCAGCUUCAGGAAGAGCUUGCAGACCGACUGGCUGACCAAGGAGGAGGAGGAGGAAGACAAGAGCAAGGGAGAGAUGGAGGUCCCCAGAGAAGAGUUCCUCAGCAGUGUCAUGGCCCUGACAUCUACCAUCUGCUGAGAACACGCAUGGGAGGUAGGGAACAGCAUGGUUUUAUAGAUUUGGAGAUGUUGCCACCCGAAUUAGGCAUCACCAUACUGUCGUACCUGAAUGCUACUGAUCUGUGCCUGGCGGGCUGUGUGUGGCAGGACCUGGGAAAUGACGAAUAUCUAUGGCAAGGGCUGUGUAAGUCCACAUGGGGACACUGCUCCAUCUACAACAGAAGACUACCUGCUGGUUUCUCAUACAGAAGACUAUAUCUCCAACUAGAUGAAGGCAGCCUGACAUUCAAUUCCAACUCACAGGAGGGUAUCGGGUAUUUCAUGUCUAAAGGUAUACUAGCGGAUCAUCCGACAGAGCUGGCUAAAUUCAUCUUCUACACUAGACGGCUCAACUGGAAGAUGCUGAGGGUUUACCUGGAUGAAAGGCGGGAUGUCCUGGAUGAGUUGGUGACCCUCCAUAACUUCAGUAACCAGUUUCUACCCAACGCUCUGCGGGAUUUCUUCAGACACAUCCACGCACCAGAGGAGAGAGGAGAGUAUCUGGAAACCCUCAUCACCAAGUUCAGCCACAGGUUUUGUGCCUGUAACCCUGGCCUUGUGAGAGACCUGGGCCUCAGUCCUGAUGCGGUGUACGUGCUGUGCUACAGUCUGAUCCUGCUGUCCAUCGACCUGACCAGCCCCCACGUCAAAAACAAAAUGUCCAAGAGGGAGUUUAUCAGGAACACUCGCCAAGCAGCACAUAAUGUCUCAGACGACUUUGUAGGCCACCUCUAUGACAACAUAUACCUGAUUGGCCACGUGGCUGCGUAGCUCCACCUACCAGCUGACCAGUCGAAAUCCUCAUACUGCACUGAAGAAUAGGAACAGGUGAUUGGGUUCCUAUACAUGUCUGGAAAGUAUGAAACUGUGGAGAUUGAUUUUUUACAAUUUUCAUGACAACCAAUAAAUCUUACUAGAAAGUCUCGACAAAGAAAUACAAAUCACUGCACUGUGAGAGAGACUAUUAGUAAUGUUCAUAGAUUUUAAUCAAAGGUGUGACACAUCUGAAAUGUCUUUAAAACCAAAGUCAGUGCAAAGAAGGAGGUUUUAAAGUGGAACCAUGGCUGCUUCUCAUGUUGCUUAAAUUGCCCCCUCGACUCCUCCACUUGCCUCCCGAGGAAAUCAUGGGAGGAGAGAGGAACCGAGGAAAUGUGUUUCAGAGGGAUGAGACGUCUUUUCCUCUGAUGCGUCAUAUGAAUUUGUCAGCUGUUUGGGCGGAGUUAGCAACUCCUUCAGCUGCACGGCUUCAAGGUAGACUGCUCUCUGUAUCCUCGCCUAUAGCUCCACGGUGAUCCCUCCUCGAUGCUCGCUCCUCUGGGUGGACAUAAGGGCUUUGAGACGGCCUUCACAAAGGAGGGACAGAACAACUUCCGGUUCAGCCGAGAAGCGAGGAGCUAUCAAAGAAGCGACCUGAGAAGCAGCCUAUGUAAGACGAGCUAUGAUAACUGCACUGACGGAUGGUGACUACUGAUUGGUGGCGGGAGGAGGCGAAAGCACUGCCCUCAGCCUGUCACAGAUGCUGGGACAGUCCUGCUGAUUUCCUAUUGGACAGCUGCUUCACGUUCGCCAGUGGGACAAACACUUGUAGGAAGUGACACAGGGGGGGGCGUUAUUAUGAGGCAAACACAAGACCACUCACAAACAUCAAUAGUAACAUUUGCCAGCAACUAAUGACAAAGGUACAUGGGAGCUAUCCUGCAAAUCAGUUGACUUGAUACAUUAUCCAGAAUGUCCAGGUGUCAACUAGAUCUGGUUCUCUGUGGUUCAUACUAGAUGUGUUUUUUUGUUCUCCAUUUUAUGAGUAACAUGAACAAGACAACAACACAUUGGGCCUCAUAUACAUAUAUCCUUAAUCCAUACUUUUCUUUUGCUUGUAUGUGUUCCAAGUCCGAGUCACCAUCUGCACAAACUUGACGUAAAUGUCUCAUUUCAGUCUGAUGAAUGUCACCUGUCCAUGAGGAGGUGUGUGCUUGUGAGAUUUAAAUAUUAGCAUAAUCAACACUGCUAAAACUGCCAUAUAGGGCUACCUGUUCCACUCUGUUUGUGUGCAGUUUCAUUCACAAAAGUUUAGCAAAGAGUAAAAAGAAGAAUUGCAU